AUGUCUAACUGCCAAACAGUAGCCAUCUGGCUAUCCUUCGCAGGCACCUUCCUCGGGCCCAUAGAAAGUCACCUCGGCGUCCAUUUCAGAAUCCGUGCAGAUAACCCGACAAUCCAAAGGCUCAAACAGGAGGUGAAGUCGCAGUUAGUUCUAAAGGGGUAUCUACCAAAGAGUGGUGGGUAUGUCUACCCGGCGGCUGAGGACAUAGUUGUCCAUGUUCCUCCUGAAAUAGAGUUUUGGAAGGGUGGGGAUAAGAGGAAGAAUUUGAGGACCGGUGAUGAAGUUACGAUGCAGAGUGGGCUGGAGGUUGAGUGUUCGCUGAGACAUGAUAUGGCGUUUGUUAAGGGUGUUUCUGUGGUUUAG